CUUCAUACUAUUCAUGUUUUAUUUAGAUUAGAUUUGUCUAUAAUAUGUAGAGACGUGGCUAUGUGGAGUUUGUAGGAGGAAACACAGGAAAGAGAUUAACAUCAGUACUCUGAGAAGCUUCAAUGGUUGUUUCAGUCAAUGAAGGAAGGAUGUACGUCAGACACGCAAUCAUUUACACAGCUAAAGCUCCUUGUUUCAAUAAUCCUGUGUGAAUAAAUUGUAAUCUGUGUUUGAAAGAAAGGUAGACAGUCUGAAUGCCACGCUCAUCACACCUUGUACGAGUCAGGAUACACAGUUUCACAACUGUUUGUCUAAGUGAGGACUGUCUUCAUGGUUGUAAAGGAUGUGUAACGGGCUGUUAACAAGCAGAACCUUUGUGAAUCAGUCACAGCAGCUAUUAUGUGCAUUUAUACGAAAAUACUGUGGUAUUCACAAACAAAUUCAACACUUGGGAGUAAGCAUUGAUCAUCUUUUGGUGACAACCACUUUCAGCCAUCUUGUUAUAUAAUUUUAAGGCAGGUUUAUUAACCUGAUGGUCAGUAACAUUUAUUUCUUCAGUAUACUGAUGAAGAAUAGCAUAAAAGGUCUAUGAAAAUAUUUAGUUACAUCAACAUGUGUUUAGAGAAAUAUAGGAGUACUGCUGAUGUGAUGAACAAUGCAGUAUUUCCACUCACUAAUGUGCUGUAUCUAGGUGAGCUUAAGGAAAGUAAAUGCCAUGUACAUAAAUGGUAGACUGCUAGCUCAUAUAUUUAUAUUACAGAAAUGUACAUUAAAGAUGAGAUGAACAGAAAGAUCAACUCAACCACAGAUUGUCAUGAAGAAGCUAAGUAACCCACAGAUUUCCACAUGAGUCCAUGGAAAGUAGUUUUACUGGUCAAUGUGUAUUUCCUGUACAAACAUCAGGUUAUGGGAUGGGGAUGACCUGCGAAAAGUUACAGGAGUCUGCUUUUAUGAGUUUAUGUAGUUAUUUGUAGUACAUUGUUAUAUAUAAAUUGUAUUUAACAAUUGUGUGUUUGUGUUAUGUGCAUGACGUUGCAGUGUGACUUGUAUUUAUGUGAAACUGAUACAGAUAUUAAUAAUGUACAGCGAGAAGCAAAAAGUAAUUUAUUAAAAACAUAUGUUUUAAUGUAAAUUUAAAUGUAACAUUGAGUAACACAUCUCUGAAGUAUUUUUUAUUUAUAAUAAUAAGUAGGCUAAUAUAAUCAUUGUGACGAAUGUGUUUGAGAAAUUAUUAUUAUUAUUAUUAAUGAAUUAAAAGUUACUAAAUUGCAUUAAGGUUUCAUAGUUUACAAUUUAAGCCAUUAUAAAAUUAGUUUGUAUUAUAAACUUAAGAUCACAAUUAUUUUCACAACUUCCGUUUAUGACGUUUGUGUUGAUGCCCCGCCCCCUUCCUGUACUGCGUUGUGAUUGGCUGAAUUCAACUUGUUUGGCGCUAAACGUAUAAAUUGUUUGUUCGCUGUGUAGAUGUAGCUUUGUUUUUUUGCAGAACAGAGAGUUGUUGUUUUUGUUGUUGUUUUUGUAAGGCUUAGAGAGAGUGAGAGAGAUAUUUCAACCCUUUUCAAGGAUUUGAACUAAGCGACUGACGAUGCCACGUGGCAGAAACUACCGUCGGUCUCAGGCUGCUCGGAAGAGAGCGGAAGGCCGCAGAAGACAAGCGGCCGUGGAGCUGCUGCCACCCUGCCCUGACUUUGUUCCCCGUUGUGGAACAGGGACACGCAGUCCUGUGAAACAAUAUCCAAUUUCUGUGUCGGGAAAGACUCUCAAACUGGUUAUUCCAGCUGAGUCUGCUAAUAAGAAGUUCGUGCUUAUCAUUGGGGAUUCCCAUCUGCGCGCCAUUGCAGACGGAACUGUGGGAAUUUCAAAGGGAAAUCUUUCCUUUGGGGUCAUGUCGACUCCAGGGGCCAGUGCGUCUCACCUGAGGACCGAGUUGCUCAACGCGACACUUCCUCGGACCCCCGAUGCAGUGUGUAUUUUGGCCCCCGGGAACAACCUGACGACCAGCAGUACCCACGAUGUGGCCGGAGAAGAGUUCCGGGAGCUUCUGAUCAGUGCACGUGAUCGUUGGGAUAACGUGUUUGUGUUGGACUUUGUUCCGCGGCUGUCUGUUGCACCAGAACUACAGAAGCUCAUCAGUCAGGAGUUUCAAUCUGUGGCGAAGUCAAUGGAUAUUCCGUACUACUCCACAUUUGAACAUUUCCCGUUGGGUCAGCUGGAUCUGUGGUUCAAAGAUAGUGUUCACUUGAGCGAUGAGAAGGGCAUGGGGGUUCUUGUUAAGUUGCUGCAGGAUGCUGCCUAUAAUCAACUGGAGGUGCAGCAGGAUUCUCCCAGAACAUCACCCUCAGGUCGGAGGUCGAUGGUGAUGGAAGAGGUCUUUGUUCCUCCUCCCCCCUCUGACCCAUAUGUCUGGAUGGAAAGGGUGAAUGGCAAGAAGAGGAUCCAAUCUGAGGAACAGCCCUCUAGUGCACCCAAAAGGAGGCUGGUUCAGCAUCAGGUGGAUGGAAGUCCAGUUGUGUUGAAGGAGUGUUUCAUCCCACUGAAUCCUGUCUGGUUCAGCAGUUCCAUGUUGGCUGCUAUGGAUGCUGUGGUUCCAUCGCUUCUUCCUAGCCCCGACUGCCCAACCGUUCCACAAGACAAAGAGAAACCGGUCGUGGAACAAGGACUGAAACCUGUUGCCUGCAAGAGGAGACAUGCAAUGCACCAGGUCAAGGCGACACUCGGUGUUGUGGAGGUGUCUCCCGGGUCGACAUUUGCCACCGUUGUGGAAGUGGUUGCAAAUGAGGUGGAUGAAACACCAUCUGUUGUGUGUCUGCCUAAAAUGAAGACAAACCCUACUUCAGGUUGUGUAGUUGAAGAAGUGUCUGCUAUUGAAGAUGUUACAGAACAGCAAAAUAAUACAUUAACAUUUAACCCAUUGUGCCCUAAAGUUGCUAAGAGACUGUGUACUAAAUUUAAUGUGGACUUGGAACUGCAAGAUGUACACAGGUCAGCAGUGUCUGGCUCUUUAGGUCAUGUAUGUGAGACAGAUAAAAUUAAAGAAGAUGGCAAUGGUUUCUUUAGAGCUGUAGCUCAAGUUAUCAGUGGUUCUCAAAAGAGCCAUAGGAAAAUUAGGCUUGCUGCUGUUAAGUAUAUGCAGAUUCAAUGUAAUGAAAAGAUGCAGUUAGCAGUAAAAGACUACAUUCAGGAGUCAAAGAUGAACUUUGUUGGCAUUUGUGCCACAAAGAAAGAAAUUCAAGCUACGGCUAAUGCUUUUGGAGUCGACAUAUUUACGUACAGUGAUGGAAAAUGGCUUAAGUACAGCUGUAAAGCUAAACUAUCUAAUGGAGGAAUAUACUUGAAACAUUGUGAAAAUAAUCAUUUCGAGCCAGUAGUUUGUGUCCAACAGGUUAACGAGCAAGUUUGUUUUCAAUUGUGCAAAAGGUCGGAGACACGGUACCAUCUAAGAGAUCCAAAAGUACAAGAACAGAGUCCAAUGGACACAACAAGUACAAUGAAAAAGACAAAUUGUUUAUCAAAGUAUAUGAAAAACAAACGUCGCUUCCAAAGUAUGUUCAGAUAUCAUAACAAUGUGUUGUAUAGGGAGAAAGUUAAGGAAAGGAAUAGGAGAUACCAAGAGCGUGGUUUGGAUAAGUUAAAAUGAGUAUAAGGAAAUAUCAGAUUGAUAAUUUUGCAGAGAGAAAGUUGCAAGUAUCAUAGAUCUGAACAUAAAAACUAAGUGCAGGAACAAAAGUCAAAUCGGAACAAUUUUAUUUUGUGUGCUGCGUUUUCUAUAGAGGGCUGUUUAGACGUAAGGUUUUAACUUGUUGGGCUGAUUAUAAUGAGAUAUAAUUGCAGCUAAAAUGCAUGUAAGGUGUUGGUGUUUUGUGUAUAUAUACAUAAUGUAAUGAUGACUGUGUAAUGCCAUGUCAGUGGUUAAAUGCAGCUAGAGGUAACGUGUGGAUCUGUUACAGUUGUCAUUGUAAGAUUAAUAGAUGUGAAUGUUCAUUAAACAAUUUGGCAGUUAAUCCUA